AUGGCGGAAAUUACGAAGAUCGAUAAGCUAAAUGGCAAGAAUUAUCAGUCUUGGAAAUACAAUGUCAAGCUAGUUCUUAUGGAACGUGGCCUUUGGGGCUUUACACAAGAAGGCAAAGAAAUACCUCCUGACGAAGAUGCGACAAAUGCUGUAAAGAAUGCUUUCCAGUUGCGAUCAGAUAAAGCCUACUCUCUGAUUGCCUUAAACGUCGAGAAACACUUGCAAAUACACAUUUCGAGUACGACAGAUCCUUUAGCAGCAUGGACGAACUUGAAAAAACAAUUUGAGUUUGUAUCUGUUACCCAAGUCGUGCGUUUGAAUCGUAAAUUCUACGCAGCCACCAUGGAAGAAGGUGGAGAUCUUAUGAAACACCUGACCUAUAUGACAUCAUUGGCAGAACAACUGCGUGAAAUGGAAGAAGAUAUAUCAUCAAAGAAAUUCGCUACUGUGGUGCUAGGGAGUUUACCCGAAUCGUAUGAUAAUCUCCUCACAAGUUUGAAUGCGAGAAAAGCUGAAGAGUUGGAAUGGGACAAUAUAAAGGGAUUGUUAAUAGAAGAGUAUUUGAAGAGAAAGGAAAAAUUUGAGAAUAACAAGAGUGACAAUGCAUUGCUUACAAACAGGAAGUCAUACAUGAGCAGAGGAAGAAAUUAUGAUCGAAGAAGACAUGGUGAACAUUCUAGAAAUUGGACUCCUGUAGACUACAAGCCAUCAUGGAACACCAAUAAAGGUGGGGAUACAUUGACACCAGCAGCACAACAACGUGAUGAUGGAAGAGCAAGAAAUAUUUUAUGCUUUAAGUGUAACAAAGCUGGACACAUCGCCAGAAACUGUCCACUCAACUAUAGAAAAGGUGGAAACAAAGGGGAACAUUCGAAGCUUGCGGAAGGUGGUGGAGUAGCACUGAUUUCAAGCACAGGAAAUUCAAAUGAUUGGUAUGUGGAUUCAGCUGCGACAAAGCAUAUGACAAAUCGCAAGGACCUUAUCAUCAACUACACUCAAUACCAAACACCGGUGAAUAUUUAUUUGGGUGACAAUACCUGUAUCAAAGCUCUGGGUGAAGGAAUGGUUAAGCUAUAUACUCAAAAUGACAAUACAUUCUAUUUGGAGUUACACAAAGUAUUGUAUGUGCCGAUGUUAGCAAAAAACCUAUUGUCUGUACCUGCAAUGGCUUCAAUGGGAGCUAAAGUGUCAUUCGAUGACGAAAAAUGUGUUGUUUACAAAGAAGAAAAAGAAUACGUGAUUGGUAAAUUGGUAGAUGGUAUGCUGUAUACUGUUAAUCCAGUUGAAUUUGCCCAUCCUACAACUGAACCCUUGGAUAUGUGGCACCAGAGAUUUGGUCAUCUAAACAAUGGAUAUGUUAAUCAACUGAUGAAGAAUGAUAUG